AUGGUCUACACACUCGUCGUCCACCUCUACGCAAAAGAGGACCAAACCUCCAUCAACAAGCUCAUCGCAAAGCUUCAAGAAGCCAGCCAAGUCUACACAAACGACAAGGAGUGUUUGGGAUGGUUCGUCAUGCAGGAUACAAAGGAUCCUCGCGCUUUCACUAUUGUAGAGCGUUAUGAGCAUGAGAGUUCCCAAAAGUACCACCUCGAAAACCCUUACUGGCAAACUUUCGACAAGUACGUCAUCCCUUUGUUGGCAAAGGACAUGGAUCUCCGUCGCUUGAACGAGCUUGUCGAUGAUAAA